AUUAAAAAGGAAAUGCUCGGAGAGGGAGGGAGCAGAGGAUGGGAGGGAGGGAGGAAGGUAUAAUUACUGUGUAAAGGAGGGGAGAAGAAGUAGAAACAGAGAGACAGGGGAGCAAGAGCCAGUGAAAGAGUCCAGCCCACUUCAACAAAACCAUUCAACUCUUGCACAGUGAGCAGUCCCAGACCUCUUACGAGCGCACUGCUUCCCUGGGGCACAUCCAGAAGCCGACUGUCCAUCCCAUCCAAACUUCUCAAGGACCUGAAGAGGGAGAAAGCCACUGACAGAACUAGUCCUGCUUUUCGAUCAGCACCUCGUCUCACAACUUACCAGCAAGGAAUACACUUUCAUCCACACUUUUUCCAAUUUGUAGUUUAGCUUUUAUUUUUGCUCCGCUCAAAUCUCGAGCUCAUCCUCGGGCAGACUUUAUUUCUAGCGACCGGAAGGAUUCUUGUUUUACUCCGAAGGAACUUUUCAAGUAAGUUUAUUUUAAAUUGGUGUGUUCAAUCCGCACCUUCCAGCUCUCCUCAGUGACUGACAGCUGUGAUUGAAGGAUGUCCCCUCUCCCUCUGCUGAGCGGGAUCCUCUUGCUGCUCAUCCAGACCUGCUCCCUCAGUGCCAUGGUCACCAAAGGUAGCCUGGCAACAUCCGAACAGGCAGCGGCCACGGACUGUCCAUCCUGUGCCAUGGCACGGCUUCGAAAGGACGAGGGAGCCCAGCAAGAUGUGGUUGAGGCGGUGAAGAGACACAUACUUAACAUGCUGCACCUGCAAGAACGCCCCAACAUCACAAACCCGGUGCCUCGUGCUGCGCUCCUCAAUGCCAUUCGCAAGGUACACGUGGGGCGCGUGGCCAAGGACGGGAGUGUCCUGAUUGAGGACGAGGCCAGUAGCCGUUUGGAGGGAGACCAGUCGGAACAGACAGAGAUUAUCACCUUUGCCGAAGCCGGUGUGGCUCCAGGCUUCAUCAACUUUCUCAUCUCCAAGGAAGGUGGCGAGAUGACCCUUGUGGAGCAAGCCAACGUCUGGCUCUUUCUUCGACUGCCAAAGGGCAACCGUACCCGUGCUAACAUCACCAUUCGGCUGCACAUGCAGCAGGGCACUGGGGAGAAGAUUCUGGCGGAGAAGUCUGUGGACACGCGACGCAGCGGCUGGCAUACGUUUUCUGUGUCAGCCAGCGUGCAAGCUUUGCUGCAGCAAGGAGGCAGCGCGCUAAGCUUGCGUGUUUCCUGUCCGCUGUGUGCCGAUGCGCGGGCCACGCCCGUGCUUGUGACUCCGGGAGGUGGCGAACGCGAGCAAUCGCACCGGCCGUUUCUCAUGGCUGUGGUGAAACGAAUGGAUGAAGUGACCCUAAGGAGACGUCGCAAAAGGGGCCUGGAAUGCGACGGCAAGGUACGUGUUUGCUGCAAACGUCAGUUCUACAUAAACUUCAAGGACAUCGGCUGGAACGACUGGAUCAUCGCUCCACCUGGGUAUCACGCCAACUACUGCGAAGGCGACUGCCCCAGCCACGUCAUGAGCAUCACCGGAGACUCGCUGUAUUUCCAUUCAACCGUCAUCAACCACUAUCGCAUGAGAGGAUACACCCCCUUCAACAACAUCAAGUCAUGUUGCGUUCCCACGCGCCUGAGAGCCAUGUCAAUGCUCUACUACAACGAAGAGCAGAAAAUCGUCAAAAAGGACAUGCCGAACAUGGUUGUAGAAGAAUGCGGUUGUUCGUAAGGCAGCUGAGAAACAGAGAAGAAGGGUGGGGAAAGAGACACAGAGGAGCAAGGUUGGGUGGAAGGGGAACGAACUUUAACCCCAUGGCAUGGAGGGAAAGAACAACAAAAGAGAUGUAGAGGGAGGACAUGAAUCUCACUGCCUCAAGACAAACUCAAGCAGACAGGUCUCUCUUUCUUUCGGCCACUUGUGCGUGGUCGUCUUAGAAUCCGAUGGGUAUCUGUAACUCAGAGUAAUCUGUGUCGCACUUUCAAAAGAGAAAAAAUAUAAUAUAUUUUUGUUACAAAAAAACGGGAGCAAGGUCAGAGGGUAUUUAUGCGGCCUACUCUGCGGUGCGACCAUACACUGCGGGAAAAGAGAUCACGUAGAUGAGGUGCCUGAAAAAGAAAUCUCAAACCUAUGCAACUUGUCAAGUAUUAUGAUAUAUUUUUCAUCAAGGUGUUUUUUUUUUCUUAAUUAUUUACUUUUACAAACAAAAAAAAGAAUUAAUGUUUGUUGACUUUUUAUACUUUGUCCGUAUGUUUAAUGUCAUAUGUGUGUUGUGUGUGUAUUGAAAAAAAUUGUGUAUAUGUACAGUGUGCCUAUGGGAGUAUUUGUGUACGUUUGUGUGCGUUCGUGUGUGUCGUUGAGAGAUACUUGAAAGAAGUUUGACGGGCUGCUGGAACCAAACAUUUCUCUAUUAUUAUUCUAAUUAUUCUGACUAUUGUUAAUAAUUAUUGUUAUUAUAUUUUGGUUUCUGUACAUGUUUGUUAUCUUAAAAAAGAGACGUUAAAACGUUUACAGUUUUGCACUAUAUCAACAUUUUGAUCAUCAUAGCCACAUAUACAAAUAGAGUAUAGCGGAUAAACAAGAAGCACUUCAGAACAGACAUAGACCUACAUAGCAUGAAUCUUACUGAAGAGAUACAAAUAAGGAGAGAUCACACGUGAGAGAAUUAAAACUACACUACACUACAUAAGUGCAUUUUACAAAGUAGAAUUUGGGUUUUUUAAACAACACCAAAGAAUUGUGUUUAGUGUUAUCUUCUCUUAUUAGGCUGUCUCAGAAAUGUUUGCUCAGAAGAUACCACUAUGCUUUGCCCCCUACAAAGAUGUCUUAGCAAACUGCAAGACCUUUAAAUCAUUUCAUCAAGGUCCCAGUGCACUGCGGCUCACUCUUUUGUGUGCUUUAGCACUGCUGCAAAGUCCAUGUGUGACUGGCCAUCUGAAUGGUUAAUACAGCACUUAAACCAUCCUUCUACAUUUUUUUUUUAAUUGUGGAUUGUUAAAAAAAAGAUGAAUGUGCAGCAUUGCUAUUUAAUGAUUUUGUGUGUGUGUGUGUGUGUAAUUGGGAGAUGAAUUCAUGUUUAGAUUUUUUCACCAAAUAUUAAAAGGAUCCUACAUGAUCCAAAAAAAGUUUUUGUUUUGCAGUUGUUUUUGUUAAUGUCUCCGCUACCCAUCACAUACUUUACCACUGUGCAAUGUCAAAAAUGAAGCAAUUUGUGGAAAAGAAACGAAAAAAGAAAAUAGAUUUGUCGUGUUACAUUUUGGUGACAGUAUGUUCCUGAUGGGAAUGCAAUUUGAAAUGUAAUUAAUAAAAAAAUACUCUUAAAAAGAAAUAAUUUCAAAUUUAGAAAAAAAGCUAUAAAAAGAAAGACAUUUGUAUAUGUUUUUGUUUGUUUUUAGUUGUUUGUUUGUUUGUUGUUAUUAAGACAAAAUAAUUGACACUGAAGUAAGUGGACUAAGAAUAAAAAAUAUAUUUUUUAUUCUGUAUAUAUGGAAAUCAAGAUACCAAUAUGUUGCAUUGCUUUGUUGUACAAAUCAAAAAUGUGCUUGUGGCUAUUUUUUUUAUCUAAUUUAUUCUACAGUAUUUUGUCCUUUGCUUCACCAU